AUGACUUACGGUGAAUGGACAGAAAACAUCAGUCUGUUUAAACAAUACUUGAUAAUGCACAAUCAACACGGCGUGGCCGGGAGGAUAAGUUACCACAUUAAAAACAUUAAACAAGUAAAACGUGCAACAGAGUGUUGGAUGACAGCUCUACAAUAUGACAUCUUAUGCAGAAGACACAUCUUUGUUGAAAGAGAAGAAAAAGAGCCAAUAAAGGACAUUGGAACCUUUAUGAAGAAAUAUGAAGACAAGGCAAAAAACAAGUCCUUAAACUUUGGCAAGGCAAACAGAGGAGAAACUAAUCCAUAUGCAAAAGGUGGAAAAUCCGAGUUUAAACACCCAGAAACAGGUCAACGAAUGUAG